CUGGCUCAUAAAAAAAGUUCUUUUCACCAAGAUGGGUGAAAAUGGCUACUGCUCUUCAAGAAACUAAGUCACUUCAGGAAAGGAUAAACGAACUACAUAUACAGUUGACUGCUGCAAAUGAAGAGCAACAGAAGGAUGUCAUAAAUCUUAUAGAACAAGAUGAGGAUUGCAAGUUAAAGAAAAAGAAACCUGAGGGUGGCUUAUCAUUUGGCAUUCCUCCACCCAGAUCAGGAAGACCAGCUUUAAAUUUAAACUUAAGAGAGAAAAGAAAAAGUGAAAGGACUGCUGCAAUUGAAAGACAACUAAAAGAACUUACUAAAAAGGCUGCAAUAUUAGCUAUAGAUGGAGAGAAAUACCCCUUUACAAUUGAAGAUUUAGAAUGGAUUGAAGAGAUUGGGUCAGGGACAUGUGGUGUUGUGAACAAAAUGUACCACAGGGCUACCAACACAACAAUGGCAGUAAAAAUUAUGGGAAGGACUCCGAUAAUGGAAGAACAGAAGAGAAUACUAAUGGAUUUAGAUGUUAUUACAAAAUGUAACGACUGUCCAUAUAUUGUGCAAUGUUUUGGUUUAUUUAUUUCCCAGAGUGAUGUUUAUGUUUGCAUGGAAAUAAUGGGUACGUGUUUGGAAAAGUUGUUACGAACAACAAGAACACCUGUGCCGGAGCCUAUACUUGGAAAAAUUUCCCUUUCGGUUGUAAAAGCGCUACAAUAUUUAAAACAAGAGCAUGGAGUGAUGCACAGAGAUAUAAAGCCUUCUAAUAUAUUACUGGAUGACAAAGGUAAUGUCAAACUCUGCGAUUUCGGUAUCAGCGGUAGACUUGUCGAUUCGAAAGCUAAAACCAAAGGUGCUGGUUGUGCUGCUUAUAUGGCUCCUGAACGCGUUGAACCACCUGAUCCUUUAAACCCCGACUAUGAUGUACGUGCUGACGUGUGGUCGUUAGGUAUAUCACUAGUGGAGUUGGCCACAGGUUCAUUUCCAUAUCGUGGUUGUUUCAGUGAGUUUGAAGUGUUGAUGAAGAUUGUGCACGAUGAAGCGCCAUGUCUACCACCCAACCAAGGAUUUUCUGAAGAGUUUCAAUCAUUUAUUAAAGCCUGCUUAGAAAAAGAUCGUGUAAAUAGACCUAAGUUUGACGUAUUACUGAAACACCCGUUUCUUAGGCGUUAUGAGCGGGAACCCGUCGAUGUAGUUGGUUGGUAUUCGAAUGUAACGACGUAUGUAUGACGACACGAUGCCGUCAUUAGAUGACGUUUUCUACUAUAGACUUACUAUUGGCUGUUGCAGUAGAUGGAGACAAAAAUUUAAAUGUCUUUUUUUAACUAAAAGAAAUUAUCGAAUAUUACAUGUACGUUUUUAUAUGCAAUGAAUUUAAAGCAUUUUGUGUGUGUUUGUCUUGUACUGAGAAUUUACCGCCCAUUUUACGUCUGCCUAUAAGGGCGUUUUUGCAAAACGGCGUAAGAAGGGGUUGGCGUUACCAUUUCUGUUUUCUUUUCAACUUCACAGUAAAAGUGUAUCAAACGUGGUUCUGUCCUGGAAUGUGCAAAAUAUUUUGUGUUCAAUACAAUCACCGAUAAAGCAUUUUAAGCUUUGUCAACAAAAUUUCAUGCAAAUAAUUAAAUAAACAAAUUUAGCAUCGUAUUUUUUGUCUUAGUCAGUGUGACCACUGUUUUUUUGUGCGUGCGUGCGAUCAGACGAGUUUUAUUCGUGAUUAAUUUAUUUGUUUAUUUUUAAUGUACGCAAAUUGAUUUGUUUUGUUAGUGCCAGACUUCUUUGUAAAUAUAUUUGAAGAAAAACAAAAAACGGAAACUA